AUGACUGUAAAUAGUGAGAAUGUUUCCAUCAAGCGAUCUGAGAAUUCUCGGAAGAACUCUAUGGAAGUAGAUAUGCUUGAAAACGAUUCCAUUGGUGGCAUUCAAAUGUGGCAGCAAGAAGACUAUGAUGAUCAGGUUUUGGGACAUGGUUUGAUCGAAGAAGGAUUAAUCUUAUUGGAUGAAUUAACAGAACAUCCAAGUGGAGAAAUAUUAAGCAGUUUAUACUAUUUUCUUCGUGGUUUACGUGUUCUCUUUGAAACAAAAUCAAUUGAUUUUUUCACUUCAUAUUCCAGUGUAAAAAACAAUCAUCAUUCUGGUUGGAGAUCAGAUAUAAACAAUAUAUCACCGGAUCUAUCCACAUCGUUAGAACGUUUUCUAAUGAAAUUCUAUGCUGUGUAUCCAUUGCAGUUAUCUGAUGAUAAUAAUAAUAACAAUGAUAGAUCAUUGAUACAACAACCUCAACACCACCACCACCAACAACAACAACAACACCACAAGAAAGGCAUGGAUAAACAAGCAGAGAAUUAUUUACGCCUAUUAAAUGCUUUCAAUGGACAACAGAAAUCAGUGAAUUUAUUAUCUAGAAAACAAUUUAAACAAGAACGUAAACGUAAAAAUAAACAAUUAAGACGUCAAAUGACAAUUGCUAGUGAUGAUUCUUCUCCAAUAACAACAGCAACAACAACGACGACAACAACAGAAAUGGAAGAAGAAACAAGUGAUCCACUUGAUGAAAGUAUCCUUGAUUCAAUGAAUAUUAACAAUGUAAAUAAUAUUCCCUCAACAAAAACCAAUUCAUCCAAUAAUAAUAACAAUCAAAUUUCGCAUUGGAUUAAUUUAAUCAAUCUAUCAGCAUUUGAACUGUUCACCUAUAUUGAAUACUAUUCAUUGAAAUGUUCAGAAGUCAGUGGGCACUCGCCAUUUUUAUGGCCACCACCUGAUGAUAUGCAAGAACGUUUAAUCAAGCUUUGGUUUGAUCAGUUAUCCGAGUUUUUAUUGACGUCCAAUACAACAACAACAACAACAGAUAUCAUUUAUGAUAUUAGUCAUUGGCUUCGUGCAUUCGAUUUGUAUUUAUUUACGCCUUGUCGUUUAAAAUGGAGUAUAGACACAUCAACUCGCCUGUUUAUUCCAUCGGUGAUAAUUUACUUAGGACAACUUUUGCAUCAACUUUCUAUGAAUACUCUUGACAGAGAUAAAUAUCUUAGUAAAAAAGAGCAUUUUCUUAUUGGUCGUUGUGCUGGUUUACUGACCACUUUUUUAACUAAAAAUCUUUUAGUUAAUAGACAGAAUAUUGAAGUGAAUUCAAAUUCGUGUGAAUCAGAGGAUGAAAAUAUUGAGGUUGACUUCCAGGCUAUUGAAUAUGAUGAAAUGUGGAUAUGGAAGAAGUCAUGCAUCAGUCUGUCGGAUACGCGAAUCCAACCUGUCUACGGAUCAAUAUUCACUAAUUUGGUGAAUUGUCUAGCUAGACUGUCGUUAAAAGAACCUCCACGUGUUUGUUAUGCUCCUCCAUUAUCUGAGCAUACAUUAGAUAGUAUGCGUAAUCAAUAUCCAAGUUGUAAUGUUUCUCUUAGUAGUGUUAAACAAAUACAAAUUAUAGACAGUACUUGGACUGCUUGUCUUCUUCAACUGUAUCAAAUAAAAUAUUCACCAGCAAUGAAAUGUAUUCAUGAGAAUAAAGAAUUGAAUACAAAAUUGAAUACUACUGCAGCCUAUCUGGAUAAUCUAACUUCAAUGAAUAUUCUAAGCAAGAAGUUGAAUAUUUCUUGUACAGAAGAAUUGCUGGAUAACAGUCAAACAGGUUGGUUAGUGUCAGGAUAUUUACCAAGAAUUACAGAUUGUCGGUACACCUGUUCAGUAUUUUGGCGGCCUUUAAAAGAUAAUCGCAAUCAUUUAUUACAUUUAUGCUAA